CACUCGACGCUCUAUCCAGUGGAGGAAUUUAGAUAGAUAGAUAGAUAAAUACUUUAUUAAUCCCCAAGGGGAAAUUUGUCGUAGCAGUAGCAGCACCAAUAAACUAAACACACGAGAAUAAAAAAAUAUAUAUAUAAAAUAUAAAAAACAGGGAUGAAAUAUAUAGAUGUAUACAAGUGAAAGAUAUAGAUGUAUACAAGAAGUAUACAAAGUAAAAUAUAAAAUAAAAUAUAUAUGUAUAUAUACAACAUAUAUGCAUACACAAUACAAUACUAAUGACUAAAAUUAGACCGCAAGUUACAUAACUUUAUAGAAAUACAGAAACAAGAAUAAUAGAAGCCAGAAAGUUAUAACAUAGCGGAUAUUCCCCGGAGUCUUUGUGACUUCACGUCUCAAAGGGUCCAUUGGACCUGGCUGCAUCUGGUGCCUCCUCCCUGGUGGUCCGGCCUCCUGUCAUGGUCCUGCUGAUCCCCCUCCCUUCUUUCUGGAUCGUGGACUAUGCCUACUACGAACAUACACUCUGUCAUAUUCAUUGAAUGUGUUUAUGUAACUCUGUAAUGUUUCCUUCUGGUCACAUGACAUAUAUUGCUUCCGUUCAUCCGGGCAGAGGGAUCCUCCUCUGUUGCUCUCCUGGAGGUUUCUUCCCUUUUUUUCCCUGUGAAAGAGUUUUUUCUAUUUCUUGGGAGUUUUUCCUGAUCUGUUGUGAGGUCCUGGGACAGGGAUGUCGUCUGUGUACAGAUUGUAAAGCCCUCUGAGGCACAUUCAAAAUGUGUGAUAUUGGGCUAUAUAAAAUAAACUGAAUUGAAUGUAAUAUUCCAUCCAUCCAUUCUGCUUAUUUAGAGCUUGUUGAAAUUCAAAAGGCUAGCAUUACUCCAGUUUUGCACUCCACUGUUUAUGUGCUUUUCAUAAAUCAAUGACUUUUUAAUGUCCGGAAUUAAUUUUUUUCUCGUAAAUGUAAGACUUAAUCUCGUAAAUCCUUACAAAGUAUUUUCUUGGAAUUUGACCCCUUGUGUCAAAAUAAUUUUUUUCACUACAAUGGUUCAACAUGCCAUCAUAGAAACCAUUGUCUGCAAUAUUCAAAAUGAUUCAUAUGUUUAUUGCCCAGCUGAGUAACUCCUGGCUACAGCUCUGCUCGUCUCUGCGGUGGAAACCAUGCUAUCAUCUGUCCAGCUCUGCCCCUUCAGAACAGAUACGUGUAAAUGAUCCUCACUUCUCAUAGCAGGUAACACAACGCAGAUUAUUUGUCUGUGCUACAUGGGGUUCGUGUGGACUCUACCUGUGGCAUGAAUCAUGAAACAGAUGACUGUAAUCCACACAGACAGGGUGAGCUAUCUGAUGCUGCCUGGCAACCAACUGAACUCCUCUGCUUUGAAAGACAAAGCUCAGAUUGCUCACCUCCGAACUUAACGGCAAAGACCCUCCGAAAAUGUGAACUUGUGCACAGCUAAUUACUUUAAAGUUAAGUAGAGAAGAAUUUGCAGAGCAGAAGCAUGUUCAUAGUGCCAUAAUGGACACAUUCACCGCAGUAAUUGGGGACUAUAGAGCCGAGGAUAUUUAAGGUUUUUAGGAUUAUCUGGAUUUGCAGUCAGCCAAUAGGAAGCCACACCGAUAAUAGAAAGAACGUCUUUACUGUUGUGAAAUCUUUUUUUUUACUUGAACAAAUUAAAUUCACCUGCUGACCAUUAAUCUGGAGAUGCCAGGCCGAGUGUCUCAGUAACCUAUGGCAACUGCUUCUGUGACAACAGCAAUCUUGGAUGGGCCGACUCCUGCAGCCGAAGGACUGCGCAACACCAUUGGCUGGCUGAAUGAAUGACUGGCCAACUUGUCUAUCUAUUAUGCAUGUCAGUUUACCUUUAGUGCGUUCUUGAGCUCAUUUCCAGGUAAGCGCAGCCGAGAGGAAGCCGGCCUGCAUCCAGACUCUGAGCACCAGCAUCAGUUCACCUGGGAGCACCUUGAGGGGACUCAGAAAUGGAGCUGCUCGGAUCUUCUCUAACAGCCACAUAUGCUCGGCCCAAAACCAGCCACUUCCUGCCUGCCAUCUCCACCAUGGCGUCCAGCUAUCGCAACACCCAGCCUGCGUUGGCCAUGAACCCAAGCGCCAACCUUUGGAGGACCAACAGCUACUACAGGAGCAGCAGCGCCGUCUCAACCCCCUCUUCCAUACAGCGAGAUAAUUUAGAUCUGGUUCGAGCCCAGACCGUGUACUAUCCAUCCAACAGGACAGCGCUGUCCACUCGCUACACCCCCGACGACUGGUACAAGUCCAACAUGAGCAACUACAGGGAGUCCGAGUCGUCCAGGAAAAGCGCAGAGAGACUUCGGACGGACACCCUCAGGAUGAUGCAGGAUAAGGAGCAGCUCACUAGGCUGACCCAAGAGAAAACCAGCAAGAACAUCGGCGAGCGGCUCAAUGACAUCGUCUUCUGGAGGGCUGAGCUGACCCACGAGAUUGACAACAUGGUGACAGAGAUAGCAGCACUCACUGAGGUCAAGAGGAGGCUGGAGAGAGCCUUGGCAGAGACUCAGGGGCCCCUUCAGGUGUCUCAAGAGUGUUUGUACCACAGAGAGAAGCGGAUAUCCAUCGAUCUGGUCCACGACGGCGUGGAGAAAGACCUCCUAAAGGAAGUGGAAGUCAUCAAGUCAUGUCAGGAAAGGAUGAGGCGACAUCUGGACAGGGCCAUCGCUCAGCUGGCGUCAAACCGAGCAGCCCAGCAUGAGUUGGAGAGAGACAUGAGCGACAAAGUGACCGCUCAGAGGAUAGACGGCAGGUGUCACCAUCUGAGGAACACAUCCGAUGGUAUCGGCUACUACAGAGGGAUUGAAAGACUAGACCCCUCGCUCUCUCUCCCGGACUCGUGGUCCAAGUUCACCGACGACAACAUCCUGCUCUCCCAGAGUGGACGAGCCGCCUCCCAGAAGCUGAGGGACGAGAUAGAGAUCCUGCUGAGCAGCACGUCCAACGAAAUGUGGAACCAGUUCAACAACGCCAACGUGGCCUUCACAAACCGCAUAUCGGAAACCGCCGAUGCCAAGAACAGCCUGCAGAUGCACCUGGCGAAGACUCUGCAGGAGAUCUUCCAGACGGAGAUGCUGAUUGAGUCUCUGAGGAAGGCCCUCAGAGACAAAGAGUGCCCGCUGAAAGUGGCCCAAACCAGGCUGGAGGAGAGGACCCGGAGGCCCAACGUGGAGCUGUGCAGGGACAACCCGCACCACAGACAAUUCCCCCCCUGUGGUUCCAAGUGUUUCCCGGGGCUGAAAAGGUUUCCUGGCCUUCUUGCUCUCUCCUGCUAAUUUGACGGCCGGAGGUCCAGCGGACCACAAGAGGUCCUGGUGGCGCAUGCGACACUAAUAACCAAACUGACAAAGACAAAGACUCUCUGAAGGCUCACUCAGAUCUGUCAGCGGGAACUGACCUGAAGGUCACCUUAAGAGGGGAGCGGCGAUAUGGAAGACAUUGAUUUGAAUCCAAACAAACACCUUCGGCAAAUUGUGGCACGCAUAAAUAUGGAUCGUGAAGGACACUUGUGUUUUCCCCAUCGUACUUUAAUGACCCAUAACUCAUGGCCUCACCCAUAGAAGGAGCUGAACAAACAACGUGUUAGUCAUAUAUGAAACCCCACACCCACCGUAUAGGAACACUCACUUAUCAUUGGCUACUGUCUCCACCAGUACAGGGAGAGGUACCAGCAGGGGUGUCCAAAGUCCGGCCCGCGGUCAGAUUUCAUACGGCCCGCGACAUCGGUCAUAUAAUGUGUUAUUUGUGGCCCGCCAGAUCUGUCAGAAUAAAUAAAUCAUAAAAACUUGAAAAACGUAAUUCCUCCUUUCUAAUGUAUCUGGCUCUGCAUCCGUGGCGUGAACCCUUCUCGAAACAUAUUUGCCAUGGCGACGGCAAAAAAAAGAGGAGAAAAGUUGACAGUGAGGGCCGCCGCUUUCAGGAGCGGUGGGAAUUACUAGUGUUUCCCAUACCAUGAGAACAGGGUGGGGGUCCGCCCCACUGAAAUGUUCUCUAUAGCGCCAGAUUACAACAUAAGUAAUGUCAGGUUGUUUUAUUCAACUAAACGGUCGUAUAUUAUUGAUCGUAUCGACACAGCGGCAUGUCAUUUCUGUCUCUACGUGGUGGCGUUCACACUUCUCCUGGCUCUCGGUAUCCCGGCGGAGCUCCGCCCCCACGCGCACAGACAGGUGCGCACAUACAGGUGAGCGUGUUCCAACCAGCCGGCAGAGAGCGUCCAAUAUGUCGCGGGAACAGCAAACCGACACCUCUGCGUUCCCACGGUGGUGAAGACACGUCGACUCAGAGUCGCUCUCUGCUCCGGGUUCAAGAGCAGAGACGGUGGGGCGCGAGGGGAAAUGCAGAUUCUUUUAUUUCAAGACCUUGUUUGAGAACUUCACAUAUUACAAACUACACGGACAUAAAACUAAGUCAUUAAUAAAUAAAGAGCGAAAUGCCUGUCGUCGACUUUCGUGUAAAUGUGUACGUUACGACGUUAACCGGUUACCCUGCGCAUGCGCGACAGACGAGAUUCUUGGAGACUUGCCAGGUGUUACCUCUCAGCGUUCCAGCUGCCCUUCAAAACAAGAGCUCAACAUUGAGCUUUAUGGAGAGUGGCCGUAUCAAGCCUGCAACCCCGUUUUAAAAAGAGGUGAAGUGGAAAGCCCAUUUUAUCACACAUAGAAAAAAACGUAAUGACUCAGACAUAUCUGCACUUGUUUUGUUUUUCAAAGGUUGCGCGUUAUUGUUAUUUUGAAAAGAUAUGCAGUGUCACUAACACUCAGUAAACUCUUUAUGCCCAACUAUUUGAUCUUAUUUUGUUUAAUUUUUCACAGGUUGCACUUUAUUGAUAUUAUCUUGAAAAGGUAUUCAGUGCAAAUGUAAGGUAUUCUAUAUACAGCUUUUUCAUUGUUAUCUGACUGAAUGAAAGGCAGACUUGGUUAUAUUAUAUGUGGUUACAUUGUCAUUUAAAAAAUAAAAAU